AUGGAGGAAGAAGAAGACCAGCAGAAGCUUCCAGAUCUGGUGAAGGAGCUAGUCCAUCGCUUGCUCUCUCAAAACCUCCCCUCCAAUUCCCCGCCGAUAAACCCUAAAUCACCCGAAUUCCGCAACUCCCUCCGCUACGCCCUCCGCAUCCUCUCCAGCCGCCUCACUCCCUCCGUCGCUCCGGACGCAGCCGCCAUCGCAGACUCCAUCAAGCGCCGCCUCGCCACCCACGCCCGCUCUUCCGACGCCCUCUCCUUCGCCGACCUCUUCUCCAAAUUCGCCUCCAAAGCCCAAAGCGUCAACAACAAAUGGGCCGUCAUCUACCUCCUCAAAAUCAUCUCUGAGGAUCGCCACAAAACCGCCUCCGCCGCCGCCACCACCACAUCUCUCUUGCCCAACCUCGCUUUCUCCGAACCCGCUUCGAACAAAGGCUGGAGCAACGGCGUUUUACUUGUCUCCAAGGAUCCCGACAACCGCCGCGACGUUGCGUUUCGCGAGUUCGUGAAUUUGGUCAGGGAAGAAAACGAGGUGUUGGAAGAGGUUAUCGUCAGGGACGUGCUCUAUGCCUGCCAGGGAGUCGAUGGUAGUUUUGUGAAAUUCGAGAGCGAGAGUAAGCGUUAUGUGAUACCCGAAUCGGUUAGGGUUCCGAGAGGCAUUAGGAGUAUGGUUCAUAACCUUUGUGAAUUGGGUGUUUUGUUUAGGAAGGUUAGUGGUUACAUUUCCCAGAGUAUGGAUCGGUUUCCCAAUGAAGAUGUGGGAACUGUGGGGCAAGCUUUUUGUUCCGCUUUGCAGGAUGAGUUUAGUGAGUACUAUAAAUUGUUGGCGGUUCUUGAGGCUCAGGCUUCGAACCCUAUUCCUUUGGUUUCCGAAUCUGCGAGUUCUGGUAACUAUCUUUCGUUGAGAAGAUUGGCGGUUUGGUUGGCUGAACCCUUGGUGAAGAUGAGGCUGAUGGCGGAUUUGGUUGAGAAGUGUAGGGUUUUGCGCGGCGGGGCUAUGGCGGGGGCGAUUCAUUUGCACGCGCAGCAUGGUGAUCCGUUGGUUCAUGAGUUUAUGAGGAGGUUACUGCAGAGAGUGUGUUCUUCGCUGUUUGAGAUGGUGAGGAGGUGGGUCUUGGAAGGGGAGUUGGAGGAUAUAUUUGCUGAGUUUUUCAUUGUUGGGCAGCCUGUUAAGGCUGAGUCCCUAUGGAGAGAAGGCUAUAGGCUCCAUGAUGCGAUGCUUCCUUCGUUCAUUCCGCCUUCACUUGCUCAGAGGAUCUUGAGGACUGGCAAGUCGAUUAAUUUUCUUCGCGUUUGUUGUGAGGAUCGCGGUUGGGCGGAUGCUGCCACCGAGGUUAUCACUGAUAAUGAAGUGACAGCAAGAAGAGGGGGUUUUGGGUACGGGGAAACGGAUACCCUUGAGUUUUUGGUGGAUAAAGCUGCAAAAAGGAUUGACAAGCAUUUGUUAGAUGUGAUUUUCAAGAGGUAUAAGUUCAAAGAACACUGUCUUGCAAUUAAGCAAUAUUUACUGCUUGGCCAAGGUGAUUUUGUGCAGUAUCUGAUGGAUAUUGUUGGGCCUGAGCUUUCUGAGCCAGCUAACACUAUUAGCUCUUUCAAACUUUCGGGAUUGCUGGAAACUGCAAUUAGGGCAUCUAAUGCUCAGUAUGAUGAUCCUGAGAUUUUGGACAGGCUCAGGGUUAAAAUGAUGCCGCAUGAGAGCGGUGAUAGGGGCUGGGAUGUAUUUUCAUUGGAAUAUGAUGCAAGAGUUCCACUUGAUACAGUGUUCACAGAGUCUGUGAUGGCAAGGUAUUUAAGAAUUUUUAAUUUUCUGUGGAAGCUUAAAAGAGUGGAACAUGCGCUUACUGGUGCCUGGAAGACCAUGAAACCAAACUGUAUUACUUCUAAUUCUUUCACCAGAUUGCAACAUGCAGUAAAGAUGCAAUUAGUUUCAACAUUGAGGCGCUGUCAGGUUCUUUGGGUUGAAAUUAAUCACUUCAUUUCAAACUUGCAAUAUUAUAUAAUGUUUGAGGUGUUGGAGAUAUCAUGGUCAAAUUUUUUGGCGGAGAUGGAAGUAGCCAAGGAUCUAGAUGAUCUACUUGCAGCUCACGAGAAAUAUCUGCAUUCUAUUGUAGAGAAAUCUCUCCUUGGAGACCUUUCCCAAUCUCUUUACAAGUCACUACUUGUUAUUUUUGAUCUUAUAUUACGUUUUCGGAGCCGUGCAGAUCGGUUGUAUGAAGGUAUUCAUGAGUUGCAAUCAAGAAUCACUGAAUCCUCCCUAUCUUCUCGAGACCAGAAUAAAACACGAUCACAGAGGCAACUGAAUGAUAAAUCUGCUGAACAAGGAUCCUGGAUUGUUGAUGGGAGGAAAGCUCUAACACAACGAGCUGGUGAAUUUCUACGAAAUAUGGAACAAGAUCUGGAUGCAAUUGCUAAGGAGUAUUCAUCAUUGCAAGAGGAAUUCAUUUCUCAGUUGCCUGUACAGCAGCAUGUUGAUCUAAAAUUUCUCUUUUUCCGUCUUGACUUCAACGAAUUUUAUGGGCGGUUUUGUCCUAGCAUGUAG